AUGAAACCAACAAACACCCUGGUCGCUUCGCCGUUCUCGGCUGGGGGUUCGUCUCCGUCGAGAUGGGGUCUAUGUCCUCGUCCGCGGGCGCAGGGAGAUCUGGAGCUCCUGAAUUUGCCGUUGAAGUUCGGCCAACGCCCGUUCCGUUUUACUAGGCUCGUAGCGUUCGUGCUUCGCUAUGUCGGGGCGCGAACAGCGUUAACGCUGUGGUCGAACUGUGCAAAAACAAGAUCAGCAGAUUCUGCCAAAUCAUCCAGAGGCGUGGCUCUCGUCAUUGGUGCGAUGAUUUGUGCAACAGAUUUAGGCAAAUGCUCCAGCCAUAAACCUCGAAGAACCUUUUCUGAUACGUUGUGCUUUUCCCAGCUGGUUCCUCAUAUAUCUGAGAAGCUGGGAUGGCGUUUUGUCGCCUCUAGUGACGUUCCGCAGUAUCUCUUGGAUCAUAUCUUCCUCGAACGUCCGGUUCGCUUGAGGAUUGCUUCCUUUAAGUGA